CAACGUCUCAUUUCAGUGCGAGGAUGUCGUCCUGGGAAGAUUGUUCAGAUGACCGAAGCAGAAGUUCGGGGCUUGUGCAUAAAAUCACGGGAAAUAUUUCUUAGCCAGCCUAUUCUCCUGGAACUAGAGGCACCCCUGAAGAUUUGUGGUGAUAUUCAUGGUCAGUAUACAGACUUGCUUCGAUUAUUUGAAUAUGGAGGAUUCCCACCAGAAGCUAAUUAUCUUUUCCUUGGAGAUUACGUAGACAGAGGCAAACAGUCUCUGGAAACCAUUUGCCUACUAUUGGCAUAUAAAAUCAAGUACCCAGAAAACUUCUUUCUCUUAAGAGGAAAUCAUGAGUGUGCUAGCAUCAAUCGGAUCUAUGGAUUCUAUGAUGAAUGCAAGCGGAGAUUUAACAUUAAGCUGUGGAAGACCUUCACAGACUGUUUUAACUGUCUGCCUAUUGCAGCCAUUGUGGAUGAGAAGAUCUUCUGUUGUCAUGGAGGGCUGUCUCCAGAUCUCCAGUCAAUGGAGCAGAUCCGGAGAAUUAUGAGACCUACAGAUGUUCCUGACACGGGCUUGCUGUGUGACCUGCUGUGGUCUGACCCAGACAAAGAUGUGCAAGGCUGGGGUGAAAAUGAUCGUGGGGUCUCUUUCACUUUUGGUGCUGAUGUGGUCAGUAAAUUUCUGAAUCGUCAUGAUCUGGACUUGAUCUGUCGAGCUCACCAGGUGGUUGAAGAUGGAUAUGAAUUCUUUGCUAAACGGCAGCUGGUCACCCUAUUCUCAGCGCCAAAUUAUUGUGGAGAGUUUGACAAUGCAGGGGGCAUGAUGAGUGUGGAUGAAACUCUGAUGUGUUCCUUUCAGAUAUUGAAACCAUCAGAAAAGAAAGCCAAGUACCAGUAUGGUGGACUGAAUUCUGGGCGCCCAGUCACUCCACCUCGCACAGCUAACCCACCGAAGAAGAGGUGAAGAAAGGAAUAAUGUAGAAACACCAUCAGAUCUGUCAAGGACAAAACUCCAUAUUACAGUAUAUAAUGUGUGCACUGUAAAACCAUCCAGCCAUUUGACACCCUUUAUGAUGUCACACGUUUAACUUAAAGAGACGGGUAAAGGAUCUUUAUUAAAUUUUUCUAGUAGAAAGAUGUGCGACACUGUAUUGUAACAAGUAUAGCUCCAAGUUCUAAUAUCCAGCAUAGAGUUAAAAGAAAUAUUA